UUGCAAUUUAAUGACCAAAUAGGUAUAAACUGCUCAGAUCAUCUUACUUCAUCAUCUAAUCCCGAAUUACAGAAAAUAGCAAAUUGGAUACUUUUAUUAAGGUAUAGCUUAUUGACUUAUCUUAAUUAUUCUAUUUAUUUAAUUUUUUUUAGUAUUUCGCACUGUUCGUUUGGAGUUAUUGCUUCAGCCUUAAUUGGACGUAUUGGUGAUGUAAAAUCUCGAAAAUUAGCUUUAAUAAUUCCAUUCACUGGAUUAAUACUGGAAGGAAGAAUUGUGAUAAUACAACGAUUCCAUGACUUCUUAACUAAUCACUUCCAGCUAUCAGUGUAUUGGUUAAUUGCAAGUGAAGGAAUAUUUGCUAUAUUUGGUGGUUACAUGUCUAUAUUUUCAUCAUUUUUUGCUUACGCGACAGAAUCUGUAAACAAUUAUCCAGCAAAGUGUCGUUCUCAAGUGAUUGCUAUUUUGGAAGGAAUUAUCGGAUUGGGAGGUACAGUUGGUUAUCUGUGUUCUUUCAUACUCAAAUUACUAGGGUUUACUGGUAUAUUUACCAUAUUUCUUGUAAUCUAUUUAAUCUGCUUGUUAUUCUUAGUAUUUAUUAUACCAUCUGUAAAUUACCAUAAUAGAAAUACAGAACAAGAAUUUAGAAAAGAUAUUUUUGGAUUUGAAUUAUUUGUAAGUGAUUUUAUUUUUGUCAACAAAUAUUCAAAUUUUCAAGUGCUUCUUGUUUAUCCAUUCUUACGGAAACACAAUGUUAGUGACAGAGCGCUUUCUCUACUUGGUUUAAUUUCUAGAGCAUUAGGUCGAUUAUGGCUUGCUAUUACGUGGAGUACGCCAGCCACUUUUAUGCGUAAACAAAACAUUAUUUCAGGUUCAAUGUUUGCACUGUUCGCCAUAACAGAAGCAAUCUGUAACUUACUGGCUUCUGUAACAUUUCAUACACUUUAUCCCCUUACACUACAUUUCCUACCACAGUUAUCUUUCUAUAUUCUUGCUGCCUCGAUGCUAAUUCCCAUCCUUAUACUCUGGUACGUCUUUGAUAUGAUUCACUCUUAA